CCUCCUUUAUAUCCAUUCCCGCGUUCCCACUUUCAUUUCCCAUCUCUCUCUCUCUCUCUCUCUCUAGAUCUCUCCCUCUCCCUGUUUCCAAAGACGCACAAUCAACAUAAAUCAAUCUCGAGAUGGGUGGUUGUUUGUCCUCAACAGCAGCGGAUCAACCAAGUAGGAGUGAAUCCACACAUCGGCGUUGUGUAAAUGUGAUCUCAGCAAAUGGGGAUCUACACCAAUAUACAAGUCCCCUGACCGUGUCUCUAGUCCUUGAGAUGGAAGUCCAAACAACACAGCAUGAUGAUCACCCAAGUAAUAAUUCCAACUUCUUCGUCUGCAACUCAGACCGCUUGUACUACGAUGACUUCAUCCCGGCCUUGGAUGCACAAGAUCAGUUACACCCCAAUCAGAUCUACUUUGUGCUCCCCGCUUCAAAACUUCAGUACCGCCUUACUGCCUCCGACAUGGCUGCUUUGGCCGUCAAGGCCAGUCUCGCCCUCCAGAAAUCAACUACUAAUACUUCCACCAAACAUUCUUCUUCUUCCUCCUCCUUUUAUAUUUGGAAUCGUCGGAAUAACAAGUCGGCUCGGAUUUCCCCAAUAUUAGUAAAUCAUGUCAACAGUACUAGCAGUGAUUCUUCUUUUGUCGAUCGCGAUUACAUGGAUGAAAAUCGUAACGGGCAGACAGCAACUACUACAAUUAAGAAUAAGGGAAUCUCCAUCAUCUCGGAGAAGCAGCAGCCGGCAGCAGCGUUGGGGGUAUCAAAGUCGGGAUCGGUGAGGAAGUUGCACAGAUAUUCUUCUAGACGGGCUAAGAUGGCGGUCCGUUCCUUCAGGAUCAGGUUGACCACUAUUUACGAAGAAGCUUCCGUCCUCCAAUUUUAUUAGACUAGUAAUUCAUGACUAGUAGUAGACAAUUCUCCUUUUUUUUUUUUUCUCCUUUUUGUUUAUAUGAGAGGCAAUUAAUUAACAGCCGCGGCAGAAUGCAUGGUAGAAAAUCCAAAAGAAAAAGUAAUCCUACCUUAUAGAAGGAGUAGUACCUCUGUUUUUUGUAGAAAUUAAAUUUGGUUCAUGAGAAUUAAGCAAGCUUGUCUUUCCGCAUGUGACCAAACAUGCUUCCUGUAAAAAAGCACUACUACUUGUAAAUUAAUGUUCUAGUUGUUGAAUUCAUGACUCAAGUGUUAUCUUAA